AUGGGGAACAAAUGGUAUUCUUUGUCUAUCGGCUCUGUUAACCAGGACGUCAAAGACUCCUCGCCUGACGAGGGCUCCUGGAUUUCUUUGCUAGGCCCAGAGAAGCGAGAAACCGGUGCGAAAUUGAAAUGCGCUGUAUGGUGGAGUGCUGACAAUGCCAUAGAAGGGGCCGUAGCGGGUGUGGCAGACAUAUACGACGACCGAGAAGACGUAGAACCCGAUGCGGCAAGCCGAGUCGCAAUGAAGAGUGUUAAUUUCGGCUCAGAUGCCACGCACCAUUCUUCGGCCUCUGCUAAUAAAGCAGGGACAUCCCGGCUGGCAGCUAACACCAUGUCUUUUACGAAUGACACGAGUAUGACAGCCGUGCGCUCGAUAAACACGAGCAAUCUCGACUGCAUCGAACGGAACUAUUCCGUGGUGGAAUCGCUGCCUGUGCCCAAAGAAGUCACUGUGAUCGACAACAGGCGAGACUCAGAGUCCCUAGAUGAAGGUACCCCUGGGACCAAGAGCAGUGCAAGCGCGCAGAAGGCUGAUAGGUGUAGUAUUACGGCAAUGAAGAGUGAGACGAGCAGUGUACUCGAUGGUCAGAACAUGUUACGGUACACCAGCAGCGACGGUGCGGAUAUAAUUGGCAUCGCUGUCAACCUCAAUGGGCACGACUAUGACGCAGAUCGAGGCAGUUUAACCGCCAUUCGAAGUAUCAAUAUCAAUAAUCUGGACGACGUAAACGAUGAGGAGUACAUGCAACAGUACGAUGGGAAGGAGAUUCCAAAUAUGGAGGGCACAAAGAUCGGCAACAACAACGAGGAACGCCGAACCAACGACUCGCAAUCAGAUAUCUUCUCGGAGGCGCGGUCACAACUGGCUACCGACGAGUUUGAAGAACUGCAACGCGUUCUGAGGCGAUUUGAUGAAAAUGAGAAGGGCAAGGAACAAAAGUCAGAUAUGCGAGAAACGGUGGUGGCUGCAGCGGUACUGAAGUCGAAGGUGAAACGGUUGGAGAGAGAGAAUGCGAAGUUGGUGUCGCGUGUGAGUGAGCUGGAGCAUGAAAGGGAGGUGCCGGCGUGAUAAAGCGUGCUAUCUGCACACUUAAAGAUACAUCGGGUUCUUCAUUAUUUAUACGAGUACACGCACGUGCGCAAGAAGCGAAUACUAUGCUUUAUAUACGGCGGCUGUCUUUGACCCGGAUAUAGUAGGAGGUAGGGAAUCUUCCCUCAAGUCCUGCUGAAGGAGGCGGCGUGUUAUUCCAUUUUACGAUACUUUCCUGUUGCGAAAACAGGAAGGAUUGCAACGGAAAGGUAAACGCUCGCGCGUUAAGCGUAUUGCUAUGCAAAUAGAGUUUCUUGUUAUUUGACAAAGAGAACACCCUAAUAGUAUUUGAUAGAAUAGUCCAGUACAUACGCACUUCAUCUCUACGCUGGACUCUAUCGGGCUGUUUGUGGACAGCACAUCACAGUCGACGUACAAGUUGCAUUGAGGCACGUAUAUCCAAGACUGUGAAAAUUAUCAAUACAAAUCGACAGCAUCUCAGAAAUUGGAUCGCCUUUUCGCUUCAUUGCCACGUCAAUCUGCCAGACUUAUUCUUCACCCAUUAUUGCCCGUGCUUGUUUAUUAAAGAAACUAGCCGAUGUCGAG